UCACAUUUCUUUCUCAUCCAUCUUCCUUCCUUUCCUUUCCGGUUGACAAAAAUGGCCGGAGAUUCAUUCAAGGCCAUCCCUAUAACGAUCAUCUUCCUUCUUUUCUGUAUAUAUUAUGUUUCUAUAUCUCGCCUUGCCGAUUCUCGACCUCUAGGUCUUGAUUCCGCAUCUCAAAUUAAUGAAUCACACGUGUAUAUAUGGCCACUUCCAUCGGAAGUUCAUUCCGCUAACGGAACUCUCACUGUGGAUCCCGAUCUUUCUCUAUCUGUUACUGGAGACGGCGGUGGAUCCACUAUUGUACAGGAGGCGUUCCAGAGGUACAAAUCGCUCAUUUUUAAGCAUAAUUCUUGGUUUUCCAAGUUUCCGUUUAGUGGAAGGACAUUGUACGAUAUCACCACGCUACGGAUAAUCGUCAAUUCUGAUGAUGAGACGCUGCAACUAGGUGUGGACGAGAGCUAUACUUUGUUGGUGGCAGAGAAAAACGAUCACUCAAUUAUCGGUGAAGCCACAAUUGAGGCUAAUACUGUUUAUGGUGCAUUGCGAGGGCUGGAGACAUUCAGCCAGUUGUGUUCUUAUGAUUAUGGAAGUAAGACUGUCAUAGUGUAUAAGGCUCCGUGGUAUAUAAGAGACAAACCCAGGUUUCCAUAUCGAGGACUUAUGCUUGAUACAUCAAGGCACUAUUAUCCUGUGGACACAAUUAAGCAAAUAAUCCAAUCUAUGUCAUAUGCUAAGCUUAAUGUUUUCCACUGGCACAUUGUAGACGAAGAGUCAUUUCCACUAGAAGUACCUACAUAUCCAAAUUUAUGGAAAGGAGCCUAUACAAAAUGGGAACGUUACACCAUUGAAGAUGCUUAUGAAAUUGUCAAUUAUGCCAAAAUGAGAGGUAUUAAUGUUCUGGCAGAGAUUGAUGUACCUGGUCAUGCUGAAUCAUGGGGUAUUGGUUAUCCUGAUCUUUGGCCCUCCCCAUCCUGCAGAGAACCUCUGGAUGUUUCAAAAAAUUAUACUUUCGAUUUGAUCUCUGGCAUUUUGGCAGACCUGAGGAAAAUAUUCCCAUUCGAGCUUUUCCACUUAGGAGGUGAUGAGGUCAAUACAGAUUGUUGGAACUCUACUCCACAUAUAAAACAAUGGCUAGAAGAUCAUAACAUGACUUCCAAAGAUGCGUAUCAGUAUUUUGUACUCAGAGCUCAAGAGAUAGCAAUAUCACAUAACUGGACCCCCAUCAACUGGGAGGAGACCUUCAAUGCAUUUGCAACAAAACUGAACCCAAAAACAAUUGUACAUAACUGGUUGGGCGGUGGUGUUUGUGCAAAGGCUGUUGCCAAAGGGUUCAGAUGCAUAUUUAGCAAUCAGGGAUUUUGGUAUCUUGACCAUUUGGACGUUCAAUGGGAUGGUGUCUACAAUGCCGAGCCCCUUGAAGGAAUCGACGAUCUUGCACAACAAAACCUUGUGAUUGGUGGACAGGUUUGCAUGUGGGGCGAGACAGCAGAUUCCUCAAAUGUUCAACAAACCAUAUGGCCUCGAGCAGCAGCAGCUGCAGAGCGCAUGUGGAGUGGUAGAGAGGCAAUUUCAACGAAAAACGUAAACUUAACAGCACUACCGAGGCUGCAAUACUUUAGAUGCCUUUUGACAAGACGCGGUGUUCAAGCAGCCCCGGUUAAUAAUUUCUAUGCACGAUCUCCUCCCACUGGUCCAGGGUCCUGUUACGAUCAAUAAUGCCAUUCAUUUUAUCCAAAAACAAAAAGUCGGUGAUAUUGAUGGUCUUCUGGAGUGUUUGCUGUUUUAAAGAUUUCAGAUUGUGCACUAAAAGAAACAGAAGUAUCUCUUGUUGUAUUAUUGUUACAUUAUUAUUAUGUCAGUGAAAUUGAAACUUGCACAUUUGGAUU